AUGGCACCCGAAAAGGUUUCAUUCCAAACAUCUGACAACGUCACGAUUCGCGGGUGGUUCUUUCAACCAUGCCCGUCACCAUCUACACCCUUGCCCUGUCUUGUGAUGUGCCACGGCUUUUCCGCCGUGAAGGAGAUGGACCUAAACACAUUUGCCGAGUACUUCACCUCCAAUUUACUAAUGAGCUGUCUCGUAUUUGACCACCGGGGCUUUGGCGAGAGCAACGCAAAGCAAGGACAGCCGCGGUUGGAGAUCAUCCCCUCCCAGCAGACUAGCGAUAUCUCUGAUGCAAUCACGUAUGCACAAUCUCGCCCAGACGUUCAAGCCGACAAAAUCGGCAUUUGGGGCAGCUCCUUCAGUGGUGGCCAUGCGCUUUGGGUGGGAGCUACAGACAAGCGGGUUAAAGCCGUGUUGUCCCAAGUCCCUUGCGUGGAUGGCUAUAGUAAUUUCCAGAGACUGAUUCGCCCGGACUUUGUGGGAAACCGAUUGGAUCGCGCUUCUGGGAAAGCUCCUGCAAUGUUGCCAGUCAUCGAUUCCAACCCUCAGAAUCCAUCUGCGUUACCCACGCCAGGUAGCUAUCAUUUCUUUUCUAGCUGGGCUGGAAAGUCCGAUUGGCAAAACCAAGUUACUCUGAAAAGCGUCGAAGCGCUCCGGGAGUAUUGUCCAUCGGCUCAUAUUCAUCGCAUUGCGCCGGUACCGUUAUUGAUGACAGUGGCCGUUAAUGACGUCCUCUCGCCCACUGAUUUAGCUCUAGAAGCCUUUUCACGCGCAUUGGAGCCCAAGACCCUUCAGAUGCUUCCAGGCGGACAUUUCGAUGCGUAUUCUGGUCCAAACUUUGAUCGGAAUGCAGCAUUCCAGGCACAGUUUCUGAAAGAUCACCUUAUUUGA